UCACGUUGUUGCGCACUGUCACCUAAUAUCUACAACAACAUGGCGUUUACAAUGAGGAGCUCGUUAGCUACAGGAAAGCUGGGGUUAAGACUGCUUGGGAAGACUGGGAAAUGUCGAGUUCCAGUGCUGCCACCUAGUGUCCUUUACCAGCGAAGUGUCAGCUCUACAAGUUCUCGACUUCGGCAGAAAAACAUCAAGUCAACCCAAGAACAGCAAGUGGAGGAGCAGAGGAAUCGGAACCAAGACGCUGGGGAACUGACUGAACUAGUGCGGGACUUCCUUGACCCUGCUUUGUUUUAUAAGGCUGUCAACAGCAUUGGGAUUGACUACUUUUGUGGGGUGCCUGACUCACUGCUCAAAGACUUCUGUGCCUACAUCACCCAAAACUGCCCGUCUCAUCAACACAUCAUUACAGCUAAUGAGGGUAGUGCUGUGUCUUUAGCUGCAGGCUAUCACCUAGCAACUGGUAAACAUGCCAUGGUCUACCUUCAGAACUCUGGUCUUGGGAACAUUGUGAACCCUAUCAUGUCAUUGGCCGUCCCUCCAGUCUACAGUAUUCCCAUGUUGCUUCUGGUGGGCUGGAGAGGCGAGCCUGGUAAAAGGGACGAGCCACAGCAUAUGGUCCAGGGGCAGGCAACUCCAGGUCUUCUAGCGGCCCUGGGGAUACCAUUCCAGCCUUUACCUGAUUACCAGGAGGGUGCUGAACAGGCUUUACAAACAGCUCAACAUUACAUGGAGAAGACCAGAGGUCCUUAUGCCUUCCUGGUGAAAAGACAAACAUUCCUUCCGUAUAAACUACCUCAAGAUGACACACCGGACUUCCCCCUUGAUCGUGAGGAGGCGAUGAAGGUGAUAGUUGAUGGCCUCAGUAACAAGGAUGUGGUGGUGAGCACCACUGGUAUGCUGUCCCGCGAACUGUUUGAGUACAGGGUGGAGAAGGACAUGGGACAUGAGAGGGACUUCCUCACAGUGGGGUCUAUGGGACACGCCUCUGCCAUAGCUCUAGGAAUAGCCCAGCAGAAACCGAACAGACAGGUGUUUUGUUUAGACGGUGACGGGGCAGCACUGAUGCAUAUGGGUACCAUGGGAACAAUAGGACAGAGCGAACAGACGAACUUCAAACACAUCAUCUUUAAUAACGGUGCUCACGACUCUGUGGGGGGUCAACCCACAGUCGCCGCUCAUCACAGCUCCUUCUGCUUCUCCACGAUAGCCAAGGGCUGCGGCUAUAGGGAGGCCUUGGUUGCCACUAAUGAAGAGGAGGUAGCCGAGGGACUAAACCGUCUUCGGCAGACACAUGGUCCGGUCCUCCUAGAAGUUAAAGUGGCUAAGGGAGGUCGCAAGAAUCUUGGACGUCCAACCCGAUCGCCCGUCCAGAACAAACAGGACUUCAUGCACUUCCUUGCCAUCAACUGAGAAAAUUGCAAUCUAGAAUACUUUAAAGUUUGCUUGCAAUUACAUUUACUUUAUUCUUACCAAGGAAUAACUGUAGAUAAUGUGUUCUAUGUGUAACAUGGAGUCUCAGCUUACCUGUAUUUUGUUUUGAGAAAUCCAUGCCUCAAGAACACUUAUUUAGUGUUUGAAAAUGUGGUCUAUGAAGUCAUUUUAUCCGGUAUACAAUUUAUACGAAAUAUUUCAGUCAUGUUGCUUUGAAGUCAAGAAAGUUUCAAAAUAUCCAUUUGGACUCGUUUCAAUUUUUUUCAAAAUUAAGGAAAAGGUUUUCUGAUUUUUUUUAGCAUUCACAUAUCAUCAAUAUUCUAUAGAACAAGAAACUAGGAAUCUCAACAAAUGUUUUGCUGACAACAAGGAAUCUCCACAAAUUUUAUGUUUUAUGUUUUAUAUAUGUUUAUAUAUGUUGAUGUAUUACAUAUUCUUCCAUUACAAAAGAACAAAUCCAAAUUUUUGUUCCCAUGGGCUAUUUUACAUUUUAUUUUACAUAGAAAUUCCUGUUAAUAGAUAUCAUAAAGUUGUUUUCAUGUUCAACGGUGAAAUCAGUAUUCAGUUUUAAGGUAAUAGGAUUGUGUCGCCAUUUCUCAGUAUAAUUUUAUUUUUAUUUUAUUUUGGUUAUAUUGCUUUGAA